AGUGACCGCUCCCUUCAAAACCCCUCCUGCUCUAUAUUACAAACUGGAUUGUGACACUUUUUCCAUUAGGAUUCGGCUUGGUGUUUUAGUGUUAACGAGAAUAUUUACAUGCAGUAUAUUUGAACCCUCGUGACUUUUAAGGCCUGAUUGAUAAGAUGCGUUUCUCCUUUAUUGUGCUGUGCCUGAAUGUGCUCAUAAAUAACGUUGCUGCGAGUACGUGGUGCUACACAGGUUGCGAACACACACCCAGCCACUGGCCUGACCUGAACGGCUCCUUCUGCGGGGGUCAAAGGCAGUCCCCCGUCGACAUACAAACCAGCCACGUGGAGAAGGACGAAAACCUCCUCAGCUUCUCUUUUGUCAACUUCUCGUCUCAGAAUAGCUUCAGGGCCUUUAUAAACAAUGGACACACCGCUAAAUUCAUCUUGAAUGACAACGAGGUCGAAUUGAGCGGAGGUGGACUGAAUGGUACGUAUUCCACGCUCCAGCUCCAUUUCCACUGGGGCAACACGGAGCACCAUCCCGGGUCGGAACACACCGUGGACGGACACAGAUACCCCAUGGAGAUGCACAUUGUGAGUCUGAAGAAAGGUCUGUCAGUGGCGCAGGCUCUCGAAGAUCAAGCCGGGAUCGCCGUCCUUGGCUUCUUCAUCAGUGAGACUGAAGAUGUAAAUUUGUCAAGUCCUUGGAGUGCCUUGACUUCUUAUCUUCUGAACAAAACAGACACAGAAGUCAACGUGACACACGCCAUCUCCAUAAACGACCUCAUCGGGGACGUGGACCGCAGCAAAUACUUUCGCUACAUGGGCUCGCUGACCACGCCCUCCUGUAACGAAGUGGUAGCCUGGACGGUAUUUCAGGAGCCCAUCAAGGUGCACAAAAUAUUGCUCCAACAAUUCCCUUUCAAGACGGGCCUCACCAAUGUGUACCGACCAGUGCAAAGCCUGAAUGGACGCCGAGUGUUUUCUUCUCCCGCGGCUCUUCUCCCUCCUAGUCAUCAAUGGUGCUAUGAUGAGGAAUGUGACUUCAAUCCUACCAAGUGGUACCUUCUGCCGGACUCGCACUGCGACGGCGAGCACCAAUCGCCUGUCAACAUCGAGACGACGAAAGCCGUGAAGGACGAGCACCUUGACGGCUUUGCUUUCACACAGUUUGACGACAAACAUGUCAUCAAGUACAUCACAAAUACAGGCCAUACAGUCAAGUUUGUGCUUAAUGAGGGUGCGAUGGAAGUGUCCGGGGGCGGCCUGGGUCACGUCUACUCCACAAUCCAGUUCCACUUCCACUGGGGUUCCUUAUCGAACGACUCCAAAGGCUCCGAGCACACGAUCGAUUCCAAACGAUUCCCUAUGGAGGUGCACAUCGUAAACAAGCGAAAAGAUUUAACUCUAGAAGAGGCGGUUAACACUACGACUGGCCUGGCAGUGUUGGGAUUCUUCAUUGAGGCCGCAGCGAGUUCAAAAAGUAGUGGUGCUGCAGAGCAACAUGACGAUUCGUCUGACGACUCUCAUGACUCGUCUGAUGCGUCGACGACAGCUACCUGGAAAACAUUGAUCGGUUAUCUGGAAGAGAUACAAAGCAUCGGUUCACGGGUGGAGGUCACGAAGGAGAUGUCUUUGGCUGAGCUACUCGGGGAUGUGGACCUCACUUCCUACUACCGCUACAAUGGCUCUUUAACCACGCCCUCAUGCAACGAAGCCGUUGUUUGGACCGUCUUUAAAGACUCAAUCAAGUUGGAUCACAGCAUGCUGACGAUGUUCCCAAACCGGACCGGCUUCCGUGACGUGUUCCGGCCCGCACAGGCUCUCCGCGACAGAACGAUUUCCACCACGGCUGGAGGCAGCACCCUUGCACCUGCUGCUUUUUUUGUCAUGCUGGUUCAGUUCUGUGCCUUUCUCCUGUGAUUGCAAACGACAUCAAAUCUAGUUGUGUCAGGAUACGCUGUAAAUUAUUCUAACUGUGCACUUUAUCAGUCAAUCAUCUCAAAACCUCCCAAAAACGUAUCAAUCAUUUGUGUGCGAGUUGGUGGACCGCAAAUUAUCAAAUAAAAUGCAAUGAAAUCCGUAAACAA